ACGACAUUUUGGCAAGUAUGGCGAGCCGCAUGGUGAUGUAUAAGCUGGUGAUGCUUGGAGACGGUGGUGUUGGAAAGACCGCUUUGAUGAUGCAAAUGUUGCUGAGAUUCUUUGUCGAGACUUACGACCCGACGACGGAAGAUCAGUUUCGCCAGCAAGUCGUCGUUGACGGCCAGUCCUGCAUGAUGGACGUUCUCGAUACAGGUGGUGCAAUGAAACAAACAGCGCUGAUAGACCAAUGGAUCCGCAAUGGUGAGGGCUUCGUUCUAGUGUACAGCAUCUCCUCUCGCUCUUCAUUUAUACGCAUCAAGGAGUUGCAUCACCAUAUACAGCGCCUUAAGGAGCCGUUCACAUCAUCAGCUCGCCAGGCCUCAUCCGCCACCAGCCUUCAACCGCCUAUGCCUAUCAUACUGGUAGGCAAUAAGUGCGAUAUAGAUACGGGGCGUACGGUAUCAGUGGAAGAGGGAUACGCCUUGGCUCGCGAGCUCGGUUGCAGAUUCGUCGAAGCCUCGGCCAAGAACAACAUCAAUGUUGAGGCGGCUUUCCUGGACGUCGUGCGGAUCCUGCAACGUGGACGACAACAAGCGUUGCGACAAGCUACUAGCUCUAGCGACCGGUUAUCCCAGCGUCGGGCCGCCAUUUCCCGUAGUGUGUCGGAUGUU